AUGCAAUUUAUACAACAAGGACGAUCGUGUAUGUUUCGUCAUAGUGACGUGAUAGAUGACAGUAUAAAGUUGUUGGAUUCUUUGAGAAAAAAUGUUAAGCAGAUCAAAGAAAGUACAAAAUCCGGGAGCACCUUUGUCUGGAGAGAAUGGAGAGUCUGA